AGCCACCAGCCAGAGCUGCUGGCAACACUCUGAGGCCAUCAAAAAUUUGGUCAUGGGAAGCCCAUGGGUAGAUGAUCAGGAUGGGCCCUUCUGACCCUAAAGUCUACAAGUCUAGCAGAGGCCAGACACAGAGGGGCGAAGCCCAGCGCUAUGGGUUGAUCGCUAGGACCCAGGAGCAGCCGGGAGGCGGCUCUGGGGGGAGCGAUCGCUGGGCUCAGUCCCAGCCACAGGAAGUGACUCGCAGCCGCUGCGGUGACUCUGGCUCCCGGCGAGAUCCCCGAGCCCCGGCGGCUGGUGCUGGGAGCCCGGAGCCCGGGCUGCAGCCGGGAGAGGGGAAUCUCCAGCAGGGCCCUUCCCGCUGCUCCCCAGGAGCCUCUCCCAGGGCAGAGCCCCAGCCCGGCCAGGCCCCUUCCCGGCCCGGCCCCUGCCCCAGGGGGCCCCGCUCGGAGGGAAGAGCCCUUGAAUUGAGCUGCCUGGGUCAGAUGCUGCUGCCUCCUCUACCUGAGAGCCCAGACUGUGAGACUGCUGCUCCCCAGCUGGGGGUGUGCCAGGGACAGACCUUCAUUAAAGUCCCCCCCUCUGUGCCCAGCCCAGGUGGGCACUUUUGCUGGACCUGGAACUAGCCCCCUGGGGCAGCCCCAGGCUUUGCUGACACCAGCUCCUGAGUCAGAGACCUUCAGGUGAUAGGGAAAGGGCCUGGGCCGGGCAGGACAGUGACUCUGCACAAAGGGCCCCUUUCAGGGACCACCUGGUGAGUUUGUACCAGAGGGGGAGGGGCUCCCCGGGUGUCUGCAGGUCCCAGAGUUGCUGCCCCCAGUGACACAGGGAGACUGACUCUCCUGGGAACAAGAGGAGGAGCUGGACGAGUUGCCCUCCUCAGGGGGAAUCCCCCACAUGGUUCCUUUGAUUCUGCUCUUUUCUAGCAUUUGUCUUAGUGACUCUGUCCCUGGGGGGGUUAAAAGUGUCUCAGGGGUUCAGUGCUGGUGGGAGGGGCCGGGUCUGUGUUGUAAUAAAGUGACUGAGGGUUUUCCCAGCAUGGCAGAGAGCAGAGCGUCUGUCUGCAGGGAGAGAGCCUGGGGGGAAUCGGGGUGUGAAAUGGACUCAAGCCCCUUCUGUAACUUCCCCCAUCACCCCUCUCGCCC